GUACAAAGUUUAAAUCUCUUAUCUACAGUUGAAUCCGUCAGUUGAUUUCUGUCCACUUUUAAUUGAAAUCUUAGAGAGAAGCCAUUUUGUUGAAAAAAUGCCUUUGGCUGUAGUAAAUACGAAUGUAGCGAGGAGUGGAAUACCUAAGGACUUUAUGGAGAAGUUGACAGACUUUACAGUCAAGACUUUGGGCUGUGAGCAAAAGGUAAAUUAUUUUUAGAGGUAUCAAGCGUAUUUCAUCAUUUAUUAAAUCAAUUCACUGUAUUUAUGUACAUAAUAUUUAAAAUCGUCUAGGGAGCUUGUUUAGAUUAUCUAGCUAAGAAUUUCUAUUAAGAUAUAGAAUGAAAACCUUUUAAAAUGGAAUUGUAGAUAGUUAAUUGAAAUUUAAAGCUUAAUUAAUACACCAGACAUGAUUAUUUUAUAAAAUUCUUGUGCCAAUACUUUUCAUCUCGAACAAGCUUUAGAUAAGAUAAUAGAAAUUUAGCACUCUCACGCCUAUAAACCUAUUUAACUAGAAGACUGAUGUGAAUAAUCUCAUGAUAUAUUUCAUGAAAAAUACCUGUUUACCUUUACGAAAAUUAAGUAUAAAUAGUAAAAGCAUGCUAAAAGCAUUUACUAUAAAAAGAAAUUGUCAAAAAAUUAACAAAACUUGUAUAAAAUAGAUAAAAGGAAAGAGAGAAGAGAGGGAGAUGCUUUAGAAUUCAUCUACCUUUGAAUUCAUGUAGAAAACUAAUUUAUUAUUAUUUAUCAUUAUUCAUUCUUUCGUCGAAAUAUUUGUAAUUUAUAUAUAGUUUAAAGAGAGAUGUAAGAGAAUGCUCUAAAUGUCAUGAACUUGGGAAAUUUUUCUUUAAAUUCAUUCAUAUUCUUAUCACAAAAAUUAUCAAUUUGAAUCCUAAUUUUGAACUGAUAUAAUAUAGAACACGUUCUUUAUAAAGAUAUACAUUCGAUAUAUACCAGUAUAUAUAUACAGUUUAUACAUACUGUAUACUGUAUAUAUACAUAAAUUAAUAUAAAUAUACAUUAUAUGCUAUGAGUAUAUGUAGUAACAUAUAUUCUUGUAACAUGCGUCAUGAUAAUUUUUUAACCGUAGCUCGAAGAGAAUAACAUGAUUAUAUGAUUGAGGAUAAAGAAAGUUAAGAAAAUGAUCAUGACAUAUUCUCAUCAAAUAACAAACAAGCAUCAUAGAUCAUGUAUUAUUUAACUCUUCUUAAAACAUGUUGAUAAGAAAUGACAACGUUUACUAAUAAUGUAAUCAGUCUUCUCAAUUAGCUCUAUAUUUUUUUAGUCGGCUCUUUCUUUAGAAACGUCAAUCUAAUCUUUUAGGAUUUCUAAAUAUUAUAAUUAAUAUACAAACUCUUUAUAAAUAGAAGAAGAAUAAAAUGUUUUUGUUCUAAAAAAAUGAAAUAGCUGCUUGACUCUUUAAAUAUUAAUUUAGAAAAUAUCCUGCGUUAAUAUAUCAUUUUUCAUUUUAAUUAUAAAAGAAACUAACAAAGACAGCAGUACCUUAAAAAAAAAAGAUAGAUUAAUGAAAGAAAUUUUAAUAUAAUAUGGAUUAUUCGGUUAGAGAUAUGGAUUAUCUAAAUAGGUUGUCUUCUCUAACAUUAUCUUUUUUUUUUUUGAAUAUUCAUAUACAUGUAUUUUUACAAUGAGUUCAAUUGUAGAAAAAAUGGAUAUUGGACUUAAGUAAUAGAAUUUGUGAAAUAUAUACUGAACAUUAUACUAAAAUAUUCAUUUAAGAGAAGGAAAUUUAAAGAUUUAUUUAUUAAUUAUGCUAAUAGUUCACUAUGGUUGAAGUACAUCCUGAUUGUAUGAUGAUGAGAGGAGGUUCUACAGCGCCAAUGGUACAUGUUGUUUUCCAUCACAACGAUGAUCAAAUAACGGAAGAAACUAAACGUGAGACCGCUGCCAAAUUCGCUAGAUUUAUAACAAUGGAAUUAAAGGUUGCCAUGGAUAGAAUUUUGGUGCUAUUUAUUGACACUCGCUGCACUACUCUUCAGCAAACUCAUUUGUGAGAUGUGUAUAAAAUAGCAAAACAAAAAAGAAAAAACAAUAUUAAUAAUAAAAAGUUCUCUCUUCUCUAAAAGAUUUCUAGAAGUGAUUGUACAUUAUGAUUCUGCCCUAUUUCACCCAAGUAAUUAACUAAACAUCGAUUUAUCCAUCGAAUUUUUUGGACAAAUAAAUGUUUCAAAUUUUAUAUUGAACGUUCAAUAUUAUUACUUCGAAAAAGUAUCUGUGCU